AUGGAACUACUUCGACAAGGGCAUAGAGAUCUUGUCUGUCGCCUGUCAUGGCGGCGACUAUUUAUGUUGAGACUUAAUAGUACAUGUUCUGCCACCUCGACGACGUUUCCCAUCGAGGACUCUUCACAAGUGCUAAGACAUCUACAAUUCACGAAACCACUUCCCUUCGAAAAGGGCAGCAGAAUCCAAGAAAGUUUUGUGAGGGCUCAAUUGGACAUGAAACACUUGCAAUCGAAAAUCUAUAGAAAAUUGCGGCAAUUAGAAUCGGAACAUCCGGGCACCACGCUCAAUCAUCAUGAAGAAUGGAUUUUGAAGAAUAUCUCGAACAUGAAGCCCCAUCCCAUGGUCCUUACAUUCGAAUUUGAGCCCACUUACACGGGUGGUAAACGUAGUAAGAAGGCUUUGAGCCCAGAAGAUAUUGCCAAAUUCGAGAAUUUUGUGCCACAGUCCCAGGGCGACCAUCUGCGCCCGAAGUUUGUUCAGGCAGAAAGAGGUGGACAAGUCACAUUUCAUGGACCUGGGCAGGUGGUGGCCUACUUGAUUCUAGACCUUAAAUCAUUCGACCAUUUUCCUGCCAAAUGUCUGGUGUCAGCAGUUGAGGACUCUACGAUCAGCGCUUUAAAAAAGACCACGAAUAGUAGCGAUGGCUCUACGCUGGGGAUCGAGGCUUGCAAAACACCGGAAACCGGCGUUUGGAUCAAUGAACAGGAAAAGAUUGCUAGCAUAGGGAUCCACGUCAGAAGGUCGAUUACAUCUCAUGGGGUUUGCAUAAACGUUAGUCCCGAUUUGUCUUACAUGAAUUCAUUCGUUAUGUGCGGCCUACACGGAACCAGGGCCACUUCCAUUCACGAGCAGAAUCCAAAAAGUGGCUGCACAACUCAGGACUUAGCAGUCGGGUUUGUCAACGAGCUCUCGAAGAAGCUAGGCAUUACAACCGUGGAGAGGGUUCAACUAGAAGAUAUAGAUUUAGACUAA